CACAGGAGAAACAUCCUCCUCUCUGUGGAGCUGCUCCUCUGACUGCCUUUCCACAGUCCGAUGCCCCGACAGGACUCAGCAGCCAUGGCCGGCAGUCUGACCCACCAAGGCUCCCCGAGCCCCGGCUACAGCUCCAACAACGCGGCCCCGGUGCCGGUCAUCACACAGACGGACUCAAGGGACAAAUGGAGCAAAAAGAUGGAUUUUCUCUUGUCUGUCAUUGGCUUUGCGGUGGACCUGGGAAAUGUUUGGAGAUUUCCGUACGUAUGUUAUCAAAACGGUGGCGGUGCUUUCCUUAUUCCCUACAUUUUGAUGGCCAUCUUCGGUGGUGUGCCACUCUUUUACAUGGAGCUGGCACUUGGACAGUUCCACAGAACCGGAGCCAUAUCCAUAUGGAAACACAUCUGUCCCAUUUUCAAAGGUAUAGGAUAUGCCAUUUGUAUCAUCGCCCUGUAUGUGUCCUUCUACUACAAUACCAUCAUUGCCUGGGCCCUCUUCUACUUCUACUCCUCUUUCUCAACCAUCUUGCCUUGGACAAACUGCGACAAUGUGUGGAACACCCCCGACUGCACCAACUAUUUUGGCAUUGACAACGUCACCUGGACGAAUUCCUCAAAGUCUCCGGCAGAGGAAUUUUACACGAGGAAUGUCCUUGAGAUCCACAAGUCAUCAGGGCUGAGAAACGUUGGGGGUGUUCGCUGGCAGCUGAUGCUCUGCCUUUUUCUCAUUUUCACCAUUGUAUACUUCAGCCUCUGGAAGGGCGUGAAGACUUCAGGGAAGGUUGUGUGGGUGACCGCCACCUUGCCCUACAUAGUGCUUUUCAUCCUGCUAAUUCGAGGCGCCACUCUGCCAGGAGCCUGGAGAGGUGUGGUGUUUUACCUGAAACCCCAGUGGGGGAAGCUGCUGGAGACCAGUGUUUGGGUGGAUGCUGCUGCUCAGAUAUUCUUCUCAUUGGGGCCCGGGUUUGGGGUUCUCCUGGCCCUCUCCAGCUACAACCCUUUCACAAAUAACUGCUAUCGUGACGCCAUUGUGACAAGUUUGGUGAACUGUCUGACCAGCUUCGUGUCAGGGUUUGUGAUCUUCACGGUGCUGGGCUACAUGGCAGAGAUGAGGAAGGUGGAGGUGGAGGAUGUAGCCAAGGAUAAAGGGCCAAGUUUACUCUUCAUAACAUACCCAGAAGCCAUUGCAAACAUGAUGGGCUCAACCUUUUUUGCAAUCAUCUUUUUUGUGAUGAUGAUUACGCUGGGACUGGACAGCACGUUUGGUGGGCUGGAGGCGAUCAUCACUGCUGUGUUGGACGAAUACCCAGAUCAUCUUGCCCACAGACGUGAACUUUUUGUUCUGGGCUUGGUAGUUGUCUGCUUUUUGGGCUCUCUAAGCACUCUUACAAAUGGUGGUGCCUAUGUGGUGAAACUGCUGGAGGAAUUCGGAGUAGGAUGCUCCAUUAUUGCUGUGGGUUUCCUUGAGGUCAUUGCGGUCUCCUGGUUCUACGGCAUCAAAAGAUUUAGCAAUGACAUUGAGUCCAUGCUGGGCAAAUCUCCAGGAUUAUUCUGGAAGGUGUGCUGGGUUGCCAUCAGUCCAGCAUUUCUAGCGUAUAUUAUAGUGAGCUCCUUGCUGAAAGCACCGCCCCUCACACUGUUCGACUAUAAGUACCCUGACUGGAGCAUCACAGUGGGAUACAUGAUUGGCUUCUCAUCCUUCAUGUGGAUCCCCAUCUACAUGGUCUACAAGCUGGUGUGGACCCCAGGAUCUCUCAAACAGAGGUUGGCGGUUUGUCUCAGACCAGAGAGGACCAUACCAGACAUCCACGCUGACAACCUCAACAUGGUUAUUGUGCCAUAGAAAGGAAAACACCUUAACACAA